AUGUUGAAAUUCACAUUUGGACCCCAAAGUCAUUCCAGUGACGUCAGAGUUCCAUCUAAUGGGGGUGUAACUGAGACUUUCCCCACAAGGACCGUGAUUGUAGGAAUGGAUGGAAGUGAGGACUCCAGAUUUGUGUUUCAUUGGUACGUGCAGAAUAUUCACAGGCCCGGGGACAGGGUUGUUAAUGUUUUCUCCGCGGAUUUCCAUUCGGAGCACGACUCCAGGUGGCUAUUUUCUUUUACAGAAAGUGUGGAAAAAAAAGUACGUGGAUCUCUUGACAAAGAAAGAGCAAGACACCUCGAGACAGUAAAAAAAUUCUCAAAACUGUUAGAAAACUCCAAGAUUUUAGGUGAAGUCAACGCCAUCGAUUCCAAAUCCCCGGGAGAGGGUAUAGUACAAGCUGCCAAAGAAAUCCACGCCUCUUUUAUCGUGACCGGCACAAGGGGUCUCGGAAAAGUGCGAAGAACUAUUUUAGGCAGUGUCAGUGACUAUAUACUGAGGCACGCUCCAAUGCCCGUAGUUGUUUGUAGAUAUGUGGAGAAGAAAGGUUGUGAAAAGUGAUAUCGUGAUAGAUGACAAUUAAACUGUAAACAUUCCUAAAGAAUAGUGUUGUCCUGAGCGGAACUGAUGAAAUGUCUGUAUGUUGAAGAUGUGUCAACUAUUGAACCUCUUACCACUAUGGAGUUCGUUUGAACUUUACCUUUCAAAUUAUUGUUAUGCAUAUGGACAUUGUCAUUUUGUAUGAUAUUAUUGUUUAAUAAAAUUAAG